UUUACGCAAGCGCCAUCAAAAAAUUAAAUCGGUCAGAACGUCGGAUGAGCUAGCUAGCUAGGAUCGAAUUAAUCGAGCCCAGGGAUAGGAGUCCCGCAGAAGCAACUCCCCCGCCCUCUUAACGCCAGUCCUCCUCCUCCUCCUUCCUCCUCAUACCCAAGCUCACAAGCUUUCCUUCCAUCUCUUUCUGUCCGGAUACGUACGGACGUGCAGUACAAAAGCCCCCCUUGUAGCUUCGCUAGCUAGCUAUCUGGCUCGCCCCAUCGUCCAUGACUCCCCUGGUUCGACUGCCUCCACGGUGGCCAUGAGAAGCCCUCGAGCUACCGCCGCGGCUCUCCUCCUCUUCUUCUGGCUCGCCGCGCUCACCUUCGCGUUCCACGGAAGCUUCGUCGGCGGCGAGCGGCGGAGUUAUUAUCAUUCGCUGUCUCUCCCAAGGAAAAUGCUUCUCGCCGUCGAGAGCUUCCACGCCGCCUCGUCGUCGUCGUCGUCGUCGUCCACCGCUGAUCACAAGGGUCAGCAACGGCAUAGUCGUCAUCAUCAUCAUCGUCAUCACCACCAACAGCACCACCAGCAGCAGCAGCAUGGUAAAUGGAACAGGAAGGGAAUUCCACCUUCCGUUGCUGCUGCUGCUGCUGCUGGCAACGGCAAGGAGGUGGAUCCGCGGUACGGCGUCGAGAAGAGGCUCGUUCCGACAGGCCCAAAUCCCUUGCAUCACUGAGAGAUGGAUGGAUAUCAGGAUAUAUAUGCAUAUGCAAGAGCUGUUUAUGGUCCUGCUAGCCGGCUAAGCUCCUAUCUAUGGUGGUUCAAUUUGGUGAGUGGCGCGCUCACGACAUGCAUCUAGCUUCUUGGUGUUGAUUUAGCACCCCCGGUAUUCUUUCAUUGUGUGGGUCGAUCGAUGCAGAAAGCAUAUAUACAUAUAAUUGCCGUGUGAUCGUGGUAGCAAGCCAAGCAUGUGCCUAGUUCCGGAGUAUGUAUAUGAUCUCAGAAGCUGCUAAGCAAAGCAAGAGUGAGGGAGAAAACCCAAAAUUUUACUACUAGCUAAAGUACAUAUAAGCUAUGUUGAUGAUCGGUUUCUAGCUAGCUAGCUUGUUGAUUUCUUCUUCUUUUCCAUUUUCUACUUCAUUCUUUUGUAUGUUCUUUGAUCUUUCUCUACUAGUACAUGCAUGAUCAAAUGUUUGGAUGAAUAAUAAGAUGAGUGCAGGUGAGAUGGCAAUUACUGUACCACUGCUAAUUAAGCUUUGCAAUGGACGGUUAGUUAAUCGA